AUGGUGAACCGACAAAGUAAUCCUGCAACUGUGCUAACUGACACUGGAGUUAUUUUUAUUAUGGUUAUUGGUGUGACACCAGAGGCAACGUUUGUGCGCCAUCGCAACCUCAAACCACUUUGUCCUUGUUUGAGUGAUCAGUUACCUAACUUGUACCCCUUCAUCACCGAACUUUGUUCCCUAUCAAGUGAACUUUCGGACACAAAACAAAGAAGAACGGUUAUCACCAUUCAUUCAUACAGUCCGCCAAAUACUACAUACCAACAGCGAACUGAACCUGUAACCAUGGCUUUACCCCAAGUGCAACACCAACCACAAGAACAACAGCAGAAACCUACUCCACAACCAAUAGCAACGACAACAACAACAACCACAACGGCAGACACGAAAACAAAAAUGAUCAAGAAAAUAACCACACACCCCACCCUCCCCUCACACCGCCGUGAAAUCUACCUUGCUUUGCUAUCCGUCCCCGCAGGCCGCUGGACCACCUACGCUGCGCUUGCCAAGCACAUUGGUACCAGUCCACGAGCAGUCGGCGCUGCGAUGCGUCUGAACCCGUUUGCACCGGAGGUACCUUGUCAUCGGGUGCUAGGGGGUAACGGGAAGCUGUUGGUAGGGUACUCGGGUGCUGAGGCAUCGGGAGGGGGAAAGAAGAAAGCGAAAGAUGGUGUGGGGAUGAAGAAAAGGAUGUUGGAGGAGGAAGGGGUCGAGUUCACAACGGAGGGGAUGGCGAAGGGGUUGUGUUUUGAGGGAUUUGGGCUGGUUGUGUUUGGGGCGAACAUAACACACUCACCCUUAGCACAAAUUUGUCAGAAAUACACAAUGUAUUUCGAUCUGACACUUCCUGAGGCACUCACCAGUCUCUCCGCCAUUUACACUGUCUUGGUAACUACAAUGACCACCUCCCUUUGGGCGAGAGCCCUCUCUGCUCUCCCAGACAAAGAUCAGCGCAUGUUCCGCACGUCAGGCACUGCAUCGGCACCGGUCUCAAAGACAUUAGCUGAUAUUAUCACUGCAAUCGAAACACAGCGCGAUCGUUGUAAGCGCCACAAGUGGUCGACCAUCAGCAUCGGUGGCAAGGAGCUCAUCAUCCGUGAUGUGUGCGCGAAAAUUGCAGCCUGCGUGAACAAGUUUGCCAGCGUGGUUGAUGUCGUCGUUUCCUAUGACCCAGUUCAUGCGGCACUUCCUUGGGCGGGAGUGCGCUUUGUGCUUCAGCUGUUUCUGAACGGAAUCGAUACUUUCGGUGCUAUUGUGGAGGGGCUGGAGACGUCCGUGAGAGUGAUUGCACGGGGUGGAAUACUCGAAGGGUUAUAUUAUCAGAAGAACUCUGCACUGAGUGAAGCGAGGCAGGCCUUGCAAGAUGAAAUCGUCAAGUGCUAUACAGCGGUUCUGAAAUUUCUGUCUCUGGCGAGGAAAUACUAUCAGUGCUCACGAAUGAAACGUGCGGUCAACUUUAUAUCUAAAGACGAUCUUAGACACUGCACAAAGGAGAUACAGAGUGCCGAGCAACAGUUCCUGAUACAGAAGGGGCUCGCUGACAGCGAAGACCUAGGUAAUAUCGAGACAAAUGUUUUGCACACCAUCCUUAUAGCCACGUCAACGGCGGACCAGGUCAAUGAUAUGAAAACAAAACUAGAAAAGACCCUCCUGGACCUGGAUAAGCCAUUAAUACGAGUGGUGGAUCAAGUUUCCGACCUUCAUCGAGCUUUGAAAGACAACGAGAGAGGCCAGAUCCUGCGUUGGAUAUCACCUGUCCCAGCUCAGGAACAUUACCGUGAGGCAUCAGCAUCACUGAUGCCAGGCUCCGGAGAAUGGCUUUUUCGCCACCCCGAAUUUCAAGCUUGGAGGGAUUCUAGUAGCUCUGAGGUGCUAUGGUUCUGGCUGCGGAAAAUCCAAGAUCGCAUAAGUGCUGCUGUUAUACGGCAUUUACGCCUUCAGGCUAGCAAAGUACAGCAUUCUUUGCCGAUAGUACAUUUUUUUUGCUCGACAAACCCGGCUGAACCAGAGCGUAGCGAUGCUCGGGAGAUACUCCGGUCACUUAUAAAGCAACUUUCUCUAUCCGUCAGCAAGGACCUGAUGAGGACCCCAGUCGUCGAGGAGUAUCGGAAACGUCUACAAGAAGCAACAUAUUAUGGUGAAGGGCCAGCUGCUUUGUCUGUAGAAAGGUGUACUGAGCUUUUGUGUGAGCUUGGCCAGUCAGCCCCAAUCAUGCUAAUAAUCGAUGCUCUUGAUGAAUGUGAUUCACAGCAGCGCACCAUACUGCAACAAUCUCUCGAAGAAAUGCGUCAAAGUUGUCGCGAUCUGGUUAAAAUCUUUGUCUCUAGCCGAUACGAAGAGGAUAUCGCUACUGGUUUCAGACACAAACGGACUCUUUGUGUGACACCGCACGACACUGAAGAUGAUCUUAGACACUUCAUUGAUCUCCAUGUGAGCAGAUUUGUGUCAAGAUGGGCCGUUCUACACAGCGAGGCAAGCGAUAAACUACAACAGCUAGAGAAGAGCCUGAAAGAGACACUUAAUACUGGAGCACAAGGAAUGUUUCUAUGGGUGUCGCUGCAAUUAGAGUGUAUUAGUGAUACCUCACGAGUUAAAGACCUGGAGAGUAUUUAUGAAGCUCUGGAAUCUCUACCUGCGACGCUUGGUCGAUCCUAUGCCGCCAUUCAUUGCCGAAUCGAGUCAAUGAAGGAAACUGCCAGAGAAGUGGCUAGAUUUACGUUUUACUGGCUUCUGGGUGCAAAACGAAUGCUCCCUAUCCCAGAUUUCCUCAUCGCCGUAGCGCGUUCGGCAAAGUGUUUGUCAAAUCUGCAACCCCGAACCAUUAUUGACUACUGCUGCGGUUUGGUGGUGAUAGAUAACGAAACCAAUACAUUCAGACUAGCUCAUCCGACAGUUCGAGAAUAUCUUGAAUCCCUUGAAAUCUACCGCGGUAAAGAAGUAUCCUACAGCAUAGCUCUGGCGUGUCUGGACGCAUAUCUGGGUGAAAAUUGUGUUGAGAAUGAGUUCCUCAAAUAUGCUACAAACUAUUGGCCGUCCCACGUGGAGGACCUUGGGUUUGCACCCCAGCGAGCCAAGGUUGUUCCUUCUCUCACGGACUUCUUUACGAAAGAAGAGCAUUUUGUUGAUUGGCUGGACAAUUUCGAGCUACAGCAGAGAGAAGGCGGUUCUAGCUGGAAAUCUACAAAUGAAAGAAAGCUCGAUGCCUCGAUAAGCACUCCACGAACACCGCUAUUUUUGAUAUGCUGUUUUGGAUUCGUGGAAAUUCUUGAGGAUGACGACGUUGUUGAAGACUUGGAUGUGAACCAGACAAACAAAGAUGGGAGCUCUGGGCUAUACCUGGCAGCUCGUGGUGGUCACAUCAUGGUCGUUCAGAAGCUCCUAGACAUGGGAGCCAGUAUAGACGCACCGGGGUUCAAGUACGGGGAUGCACUUCAAGCGGCGUGUUUUGAGGGGUGGACAGGAAUAGUGCAGCUUCUGAUCAAUCAUGGAGCCUCUUCCUCUGUGCCCAGAAGGGGUGAAUAUUCCAGUCCCCUGCAGGCGGCUUUGGCAAGUGAUAACAAAUCAGUUGCAGAAGUCCUACUUCAUGCUGGGGUCAAGCUUACUACACAGCAGCAAUUUGAUGAUGCCAUAGAAACCGCAGCUUUCAAAGGAAAUGUUCCAAUCUUCCAGCGGCUUAUGGCAGGGGAAGCUGGAGAUUUUGCUCCAAAAAUCAGGCCUGAUCCCCUUCAAGUAGCACUCGCGGGGGGCAAGAUGAGGAGAGCAAAGCUGCUAUUACAAAGCUGUACCGAUAUUAACGAGGAAAAGGGUCUUUUUGGAAAUGCCCUCGCGGCUGCUAUUGCAAGUGAGAGACUGUCAAUAGUACAGUUAGUUCUUGAUGCUGGAGCUAAUAUUGAGCUCCGAGGACGAUAUGGGUUUCCCCUUCGCGCAGCUGUCAUCAUCAACAACUUCGAGAUCACAAAAUGUCUGCUUGAGAAGGGUGCAGAUCCAAACGUAAUAGAUGAGGAGCUGGGAGAUGCCCUUCAGGCUGCUGCAAGCCGCGGCAGUCUAGAGAUAAUGUCGCUCCUUCUUGCUUACAAAGCUCAUGUUCGGGGACGUGGAGGCUAUUUCGGUGAUACACUGCAAGCUGCUGCUUUUGGAGGGCAUGAAAAGGCUGUGGAGCUACUUAUUCAUCACGGAGCUAAAGAUUCUUUGGAAAAGCCUCGAGGGAGAUACCACAGUGCUCUGAGAGCUGCGGUGUACGUUGGGCACCAAAGCAUUGUGGAAAGGCUUCUCGGAGCAGGUGCAAAACUGAAAGCGGAAGUGAUUUGUUUUGCAGAUUGCUGUGCAAUGAUAACGUCAUCCCUGACUGCACGAAUGAAGCCCAGGGAUGCGCUUCCAAACGUCAUAAAAGAAUUGAGAGGACUGGAUACUCUGUCGCAUCUCGGGCCCCUCGAGCUUGCUGCUCAGCGAGGUAAUGUGAUCUUGUUGGAAAUGCUACUCGUGGAGGCAGCUCAUAUCAAUUCUUCUAAAGCCGACUCGGGGCUUUUGGAGACCAGCACACUUGCUCUGCAGAUAGCGGCGUUUGGGGGACGCACUCCUGCAGUGAGGUGCCUCCUGGCCCAUGGGGUUAAUGUUAACGCGGUGCAGCACAAAACAGGAACUGCGUUGCAGGCAGCCCUAGAGGGAGAGCAGUAUCAUAUCGCAGACUUACUACUCUCUCAUGGUGCUGAUAUUGAUGAACAUUGGACGAAAUUUGGCUCCUGUCUUCAAGUCUUUUCUGAGCGGGGUAAACUUGAAGUUGUACAGUUUUUACUUGAUCGAGGAGCCAACGUAAAUGAUAAAGGAGGUGUAAACGGUACUGCUCUUCAGGUUGCUUGCGAUGCAGGUCAUGUCGAGGUUGUCCAACUACUACUGCAGAAAGGAGCGGACAUGAAUGCACAAGGGAAGGCCAUUGGUACGGCGCUGCAUGCGGCUUCGGCUAACGGGCACCUUGGAAUAGUGGAGAUGCUUCUCCAUCAUGAUGCGAAAGCAGAUACUGUUGGAUGGAACGUUGAUACAAAUACUCAUAUUGCAUUACAGGUAGCAUGUGCGAAUGGACGUCGGGAAGUAGUCGAGUCUUUACUCGAUCGUGGCGCAGGAGUGCGCAAUACCCUACUUUGUCGAGCCAGUGAGAAUGGGGAUACUAGUCUUAUGCAACUCAUGCUGGACAACGGGUCUCUUGUCAAUCCAGAAACUGGGCCCCCUGAUUCAAAGCAGCUUGAAGGGAGAUCACCUACUGAUGACAGCAGUCUGACUGCAACCCCGCUUCAUCUCGCUGCCUAUCGUGGACACGAAUCAGCAGUGACUUUUCUCCUGGACAAUGGAGCUGACCUUCAUGUUCAAGGCAUCCUAUACCCAAUGCAGGAACAAGGCCAUCAUAACAGUGACUUCGAUUUUGAGACAAACACCAGCAGUCCUAUGCAAGCCGCGUGUUACAAAGGAAACUCACAUAUAGCCAAGCUUCUCUUUACUCGUGAUCCUUGGGGUCACAUCAAACACCAGACCUUUACGGUUGCCUUGAAAACCAGUCUUGAUCGUGGACAGCAUGAAGUCCAGAGGAUUUUACUUCUCCAAGCAGUUCGUUCAGGGUUCAGGGCUGAGCAGUUUCACGAAGCUUUUUGCCAUGCAUGCUUGAAAGGAUAUACACAAUUUGUUGAGCUGAUCUUUGAACACUUCACAGUCGACAACUGGCCGGAUGCUAUACUCCAGGCCGCUGAAGAUGGGAGGGCUGGGAUUGUUAAAGCUUUGUUGUUACACGGGGCUGAUCCGAAGAUGCGCAACGAAAGCGGUGACACGGCGAUUAGCCUUGCUAUUCGUAAAAUGAGUCCUUAUUGUUGCGGAUUUUAUGAUGGGGAUCCGCCUCACUAUCGCAAGACAUUGGCCGCUCUGGUCGAGGCUGGGCACGUUUUGGACAAAUCGCUAUCUGCAGACAUACCUCACAAGAUUCUGCGCAUUAUUAUUUGGGGAAACCUUGAAUUACUUGUGCAACUACAGCGCUCUGGGAUCUGUCUUUUCCAGGAGCCAGGUACAUACCAUGAAGCACUUCAUCUAGCCUCAUUGGGGGCCCGGACGGAAGUCCUUCGUUACCUUUGGUCAAUACGAGCCACGAUUUCGUCCGAGGCCUUGUGUGACCCGCCGUCUCAAACCACACGCCAAAAAAUUUGGACCAACAGACAAAGAUUAUCUGUUUCCAAACACAUGAGUCGCAGGCGUAAGCGUUGGUAUUCCCGCUUACAUAUACAUUGUGAACACGAAAUACGUGAGCUUGGACAGUCUGAAUCUGUGGAAUACGCAGACGUCAUUUCAAUGCUUGUACAGAACGAUGCGCAAGCAGCUCAUCUGAUCAGGAAGCCAUUUGAGGCAGCAAUCGACCUUGAGGUUGUCGAGUCCAUUCGUGUCUUAAUCGAGUUGUUCGCCAAGAAUGAUAUGCAUCGCACGGAAAUAUGCACAGGCAUCCUUUCUCAGAUUCUACCUCUCUCUAUGGAACUGCUCUCAUUCUUGCUCAGCCAAGGGGGCGAUGUGAACACACGAUAUCCUAAAAAUAACACGACAUUACUGCACCGUGCCGCCGCCAGAGGAGAUGAGGAUGCACUCAGGAUUCUUAUAUCUUAUGGGGCCCAAGUAUCUCUGCAGUCAGGCGACCAAGGAACAGCGUUGCACGCUGCUGUGGUGGGUGGCUUUCACGGCUCAGUCAAUUUGCUUCUGACAGAAAAUGCGGAGGUUGAUGCAUCAUGUACACUCAUUGGGACCCCGUUGGCGGCAGUCAUGCCUCGUAAAUGGAAGUCCUGCUGUGGUCGUUACCAUCGAAGCUGUGCUGAGCAAUUAAUUGCUUGGGGUGCAGAUAUUGAUCGCAUUGAUGAACGUCUGGGGACUCCAAUGGACAUUGCAUACAAGGCAGGAAACAAUGAGGGUGUGGAGCUGUUACUUGAGAAUGGAGCACUGGAUCCCAAAUCCACAGCGUAUCCACUAAAUUCGGACAAUUGA